CUCUCGUCAUCCGAAGCCGCGCCGCGACGACGAGGGAAGAAGCAUCCGGAGGCGCACCGCACGAACCUCACCUUCCCUCCCUCCCAUGGCGCCGCCCAUGGCCGCCGCGGCCUUAUCCUCUUCCUCCCCUCUCUUCUCCUCCUCUUCAUCCCGCCCCCUCCCCCGCCACCAGCCGCCGGCCCCGAGGUCCGUCUCCCUUCGGCCGCGGCGCCGCUGGACGGCCGCGAUCUCCGCCGCCGCGGAGUCCGCCGGGAGGCCGCUUCUCGAGGCGCGCGAUCUCGUCGCCUGCGUGAAGGAGAACAGGCAGGAGAUCCUCAGCGGCGUCAACCUCACCAUCCGGGAGGGCGAGGUUCAUGCGCUCAUGGGUCAGAACGGCUCCGGAAAGAGCACUCUCAUGAAGGUUCUGGCUGGCCAUCCAGAGUAUGAGGUAACUGGUGGUAGUGUGCUCUUUAAGGGUGAAAAUUUGAUUGACAUGGAUCCAGAGGAAAGAUCUCUUGCAGGCAUCUUUAUGAGUUUCCAAGCACCUGUCGAGAUUCCUGGAGUGAACAAUUAUGAUUUUCUGCUCAUGGCAUUAAAUGCUCGCAGAGAGAAGAAGGGUCUACCAGCAUUAGAGCCUCUUCAGGUUUUUCCAAUUAUAGAGGAAAAGGUUAAUGCCUUGAAUAUGAAUGCAGAGAUCCUUAACCGUGCUGUCAAUGAAGGGUUUAGUGGUGGUGAAAGGAAGCGCAAUGAGAUACUGCAACUCUCUGUCCUUGGGGCUGAUUUAGCUCUUCUUGACGAAAUUGAUUCAGGAUUAGAUGUUGAUGCACUCGAAUAUGUAGCUAAAGCAGUGAAUGGGAUAUUGACACCACACAACUCUGUUAUGAUGAUUACACAUUACCAACGCCUCUUGGAUCUUAUCCAGCCCAGUUAUGUUCACAUCAUGGACAAGGGCAAGAUAGUAAAGACGGGAGACAGAUCUCUAGCUAACUACAUCGAUGAGUCUGGCUACAAAGAAAUUGCUACUGUAUAGCAGAAAUGUUGUUUUAUUUCCUCUUCUUUUUUGUUUUUAGUUUUGAGCAAUUUUGAUUCCUCUGUGCCUGUAAUAGUUUUCCCAUGUACUUAGAUUGUGAACAGUGUCAGUAAUUCCACUUGAUUAAAGAGAACAACAAUGAAAAUAUAUUUUAGAUUGGUAUUCAAUGAAGUGAAUCAGGUUCUUAGGGAUUUGACUGAUGUCUGAUGCUCCAUUGCAG